AUUGACGCGCGCUUCGUGUUUGGAUACGUAUGACGUUCUAUGAACGUAGAAUAGUUUUAUCGGCAGAAAUAUUCUUAACAGUUUAACUAAGUUAAUUUAAAUCAGGGUGAUAUUUGAAGUCACUCAUUAAAAGCAACGACCUCGAGUUAUGUUGUAAUAAGUGUAAAUCUAGUUCAGAGACCCCAAGUGCACUCUUUGUGAACAUGCUGCUGCUGUACAGGUAGAUUUGAGUGAGACAUUCAGAAACGCGAGCAGUGAUGCUACAAGAUCCAGCAGGUGUUAUUAUUGUUUUUGUGUUAUAGAAGAGCAGCAAUGCUGAAGCCCACAGCAGCCUAAUGCAUUAAAGGAAAGCUAAUGCAAGUACAUGUCCAGACGGCACAGACGGACAACUAGGUUUCAUCUUGUCUAAAAUGGCAUCGGAUGACUUGCUUGCGAAGAGGGAAAAAAUCCAGAGGGAGAUUUUGGCUCUUGAGAGUUCUCUAGGUGCAGACAGCAGCAUCAUAGACCUACUGUCAUCUGACAGCAACAGCGAUGAUGAAUCUGAUGACAGUGGACCUGUGAUUGAAGGAGUGCCCAAUGACUUGGAGGCAGAGCGGCUGCGGAUUCAGAGGGAGAUUGAGGAGUUAGAGAAUACACUUGGUGCUAAUGCAGCACUGGCUGACGUAUUGGAGGACAGUGAACAUGGAUCUGAUUCUAGUGAUGAAGACAGUGAUGAUGAUAAUUAUGAGUUGGAUCUCCCGCAAAAUGUGGAGACUUGCCUGCAAAUGAAUUUGGUCUAUCAGGAGGUCCUGAAAGAGAAACUAUCUGAGCUGGAACAGCUCCUCAAAGAGAAUCGACAGCAGCAGAAAGAGGUUGAGGCCCAGCUCUCUGGCCCAAGCACUUCUAGCUCCUCUGUACCAGGACUUCCCCCUCAGAAACUCUAUCUUGGAUACUUCAUGAAGCCUUACUUCAAAGACAAACUCACCGGUCUGGGCCCUCCAGCAAAUCCAGAAACUAAAGAGAGGCUGAGUCAUGGUACCAGACCCAUUGAUGAGCUGAAAAUAAGAAGAUGGGAGGGUUGGCAGAAGACUUUGCUGACUAACGGAGUCGCCAAAGACAUUCUGAAAAGGAUGCUACAACCCAAACUAUCCAAGCUGGACUAUUUGAGUGCCAAGAUGUCUAGAGCUGGGGAUGAGGAAAAAGAGCAGUUGAAAAAACAAAUGGAAUUAAUUGAGAAAGAUAUUGCAGAAAUAAGCACCCUGAAAGAUGAUCAGCUGGUGGGCAAUCGCCAUGAUGAUCAUGACUGGGAGAAAAUAUCAAAUAUUGACUUUGAAGGUUUGCGACAGGCUGAGGAUUUGAAAAGGUUCUGGCAGAACUAUUUGCACCCCUCCAUUAACAAGUCUGUGUGGAAACAGGAUGAGAUCGAUAAACUGAAAGGAAUUGUAGAAGAAUACAAUUGCUGCCAUUGGGACAAAAUCGCAGAAGCUCUUGGGACGAACAGAACGGCUUUCAUGUGCUUCCAGACUUACCAGCGCUACAUUUCAAAGACCUUCAAAAGGAAAGAGUGGACACCGGAAGAAGACCAGGUCCUCAGAGACCUUGUUGAGAAAAUGAGAAUCGGCAACUUCAUUCCUUACAUACAAAUGUCAUACUUCAUGCCGGGCCGUGAUGGAUCACAGCUGGCAUAUCGCUGGACGUCUGUUCUGGAUCCCUCUAUAAAGAAAGGUCCCUGGUCCAAAGAGGAGGACCAGUUAUUACGGAACGCUGUCGCAAAAUAUGGCACCAAAGAAUGGGGGAAAAUCAGAAUGGAAGUGCCAGGCAGGACUGACGGUGCUUGUCGUGACAGGUAUUUGGAUUGUCUUCAGGAGAAUGUGAAAAAGGGGCCUUGGAGCGAAGAGGAGGUAGAACUACUAAAAAAAAUGGUUGAGAAAUAUGGUGUUGGCAAGUGGAGUAAGAUUGCCUCAGAGAUCCCAAACCGGGUUGACUGCCAGUGCCUGAACAAGUGGAAAUUACUGACAAAAGCUAGUCAAAAUAAAGGCAUAAAAAGAGAAAUGAAGCCAACAACAAUACAACAAAAAGCAAAAAGACGAAAAGUUUUGAGAAAAAAAAUUAAAAAGGAGAUGAGAACCUCCUCCAGCUCUGAGGAUGAAAAAAAGAUAAAGUAUAUGGACAGUGAUGCUGAACCAGACGUGCCCUUAGUUGAAGCAAUGGAAAUAAUACGAAAGGACUAUGUACAGACAGAUAUGAAGAAAUGGAUACCUGCAAAUGCAAACUUACUGGUUGUUUCUCAAGAAACUCUCAGGACAGUAUGGGUCCGUCUUCCCACCAAUGAGGAGGAGCUACAGUAUGCCACUAAAGAAUCUGAGUUGGGCCGCAAUCGAUCAGAGAAGAGCAAGUGUUCGAAAGUCAGGCCCGUUUUGGUGCGCAACACCGUCCUGAACCGCUUCGGAAACAUUGAAAGAACUUAUGUGGGUAUGAAUCCUGUUGUCCUGCAAAGCCAGACUGACGAUGAGAAGGCCAUGAUCAAGGUGGCAGAGAGUGAUAUUAGACUCUUCGUGCAGUGCAAGGGAACAUCUGUAAUAAAGAAAGUAAAAAGUCCAGCAAAUAAAAAGAAAGUCCAGGAAAGUCAAGGAAAUAAUAAAAAAAGAAGGCCGGUUCAGGACAUGGUCAGCCUUAAAAAUGACCUCCUGAAAGCUAUCACCCCAUGGAUUGGUAAUGUGAUCAUGCCUCCCCCAGUGAAAGAAAAUACACUUCGCGAAGGUGAUAUUGUUGGAAUAAAAGCAGAAGACAUCCCUCUUCCUAAGACAUCAAUGCUUGUAUUUUUUAUCAAAGCUUUUCACAUAGAUGUCAUGGGUUGCAGAAAUGUCAUUGAAAUUCAGCAAGAGAAAGGCAUUAAGGAGCCUAUUGCUGUAUGUAACCCGACAACAGGUUAUUUAGGUCCUCCUAAAACAGUGGCAGUGAUGCUUCAGGAAGGAAAGAAGAAAGCUGAACACAAGAAACCUGCAGAACCUCCUCAACAUCCACCUCCCCUGCAGCCAGUUCAUCAUCUUAACACUCCUCAGCUGCCAGUCAGGCAAAUGAUGCCCCCUGCUUUGAUUCAUCCCAACAAUCUUGUCAUUACACAGCCAAACAUGCAGGAGGCAGUGAAACCUUUAAUGCCUAAAGGACAGAAAGUAUCACUACUACUACAGUCACCACCACAAGCUAUGUCACCAAUUCCUCUACCGGUAAUACAAGGGACACCUCCAGCACAACCCAUUACAACCUCAGUGUCCACAUCACCAAGUGAAGAGGACUCAGACUGCGUCAGAUCUAUGAAACGCAUCCGCAAACCUACUGAGAAAGUCCAAGCCCUAAUGGAAGAAUCAAAAGCUAAAAGUAGCAAAAAAGUGUCACAGAAACAAAAAAAGAGCAAACACGCUGUUUUUCCGACUAUUACAUUGCAGACGCAGCCAGUAAACUGGAUUCUUACCCCCACCAGUUUGGUACAAGUAACUGGCCCACUUUCUGCUAAUAUCCCAAGCAACCAGACACUGAUUGUGCCAAACAGUUCCCCCCUAAAUAACAGUACUUGUCCACUUACCUCAACCAAUUUAUACCCAUUAUCAUCUGCCCCUGUUGUUGCUGCUGCUUCUGUCAGUCCUGCCCUUAUAAGUUCUUCUGUCUCAGAUGCCUCCAGCUAUACCCAAAAGACUUCCUCCUCUAUGAACAUUAGCCCCAGAGGUAAUAAUUCAGGCAUCCAGAUGCCUCCUUCAACUACUACUAGUUUAGUACCGAACCAAAGUAUGCCACAUAGUGUUCAGGGGUUGUCCCAAGCACCUACCAAUGUUGACCAGAAAGGUUCUCAUGUUGAAGCUACAAAGAACUCAUCAGACUCCUCCUCUGAUGAAGCCAUUGUAAGGCAAUAUAAAUCAUCUCCAUCAACUGUUCCCAGUGCAUCUCAUGCUGUUUUCAGUGUUUUUCCAGUUCCCUUGACUGUGCAAACUUUGACUAGUGGACCAACAAAUGAAGUGGCAAAGCCUUGUGGUGUUUCUGAAAAUGGCUGCUUUCCUGUGAAAACUAGUCAGCUGCCAACCAUAAUCCAACAGAACAGUUUACCCAUCACAAUAUUGAGCCCCUUUUGUGCUCCUAGAAGACCUCUCCGACCUCUGGUUCCUGCACCUCAGAUUGCAGCUCCAUCACCUCAGAUUGCAGCUCCAUCAUUUCAUGUUGUAGCUCCAUCCCCUCAUGUUGUAGCUUCAUCACUUUAUGUUGUUGCUCCAUCACCUCGUGUUGUUGCUCCAUCACCUCGUGUUGUUGCUCCAUCACCUCGUGUAGUUGCUCCAUCACCUCGUGUAGUUGCUCCGUCACCUCGUGUUGUAGCUCCGUCACCUCGUGUUGUAGCUGCAUCACCUCGCGUUGUAGCUCCAUCGGUAGUACCUCAAAUCACAACAUUAAAUGAACCAUUGAUCCCUAUUUCUGAUCUUCCCUCUGAUGGUGUGAGCUUCGAUCCUCACUUGAUAUUUCCUGAGCAGUCAUCUGAAGUAGAUGACUGGAUAAAUGGGAAAGGUGGAAUCCCGAUACCUCAUCUAGAGAUGUCUUUGCCUUACCUUCCACCAUCUGCUGCCAGCAUCAAAACACUGACUUGUUUGCUCAAAGCUAAACAAUCUCUGCUUACAUCUGCAGUGAAAAAACUGCCAGUUGAGUAUCAAAAUGGCAUGGGAGAAGAAGCUCAAGUAGCUGCCAUCCGCAAAAUGAUUGCAGAAAGGUUUGCCUCAAAUCCAGCAUACCUGCUUUUCAAGGCUCGUUUCUUGUCAUGCUUUACCUUACCAGCCAUUUUGGCCACUAUAAACCCAUCUGAGAAAUGUCAGUCAGAAAACACUAGUGAUGAAGAUGAGGACUUACAUUUACUACAGAGGAAAAAAAGCGUUCAGUCACCGGCUGCAAGGAUUGAGCUUAACAUGAAUGAAAACGAAGCAUCAGCAAAACAGUUCUCAGGAAUCAGUACAAAAAGGCAAAAGAGUCGACGUCAAGUUACAUAAGAUUCAUCAGUUGUUUAAUGUCCAUACCAUGCUAUAGCAAUGAAGUGCUAAUGGCUUUAGAUUCUGUUCAAUCUGACGUUUUAUUAGUUUAAGGGACCAGUAUGUGUUCAUUGUACUGAUUUAUUUUACUCCAUCCAUAUGUUUUGUUGUAAGAACAUGCGUCCUGGCAAUUUUCUUGGGGAAAAAAAAGACAGAAUUUUGCACUGAACUAUUGUAAAUUAUUCUUAAAAUAUUUUAUGCUUUUGUUGCUGUUGUUUUUUGAAUAAAUUAUUUAGAAUUGUGAAA